UUUACAACACUGCUGAGAACAGCACGUGCAGUUUUUUUUUUCUCCGGAAAUUUUAAAUAUUUAGGCGUUCCAUGGAGAAAAUUUACGAGAAUAAUAUUGGCCAGCAGCCGGAGGUGCUCCGACGCCAGUUCCUGGAGAAGACAAAGGGCGUUCAACUUAAAUCAGGCCAAGCGGCUCGCAAAUGUUGCGGCGAUGCGUUCCUGAACUUCGACGUCCAGGCCCACGACGCCUGGUUCCUGCAGUGUCCCAAGGGAAUGGAUCCCCACGAACUCGCUGGCAAGCGAAUCAAGCUCCCCGGUAGAAAGUACAUCGACGACCUGCAGGUGCGUGCGUUAAAUUACUCGACAUCACGCAGUAAAACUCUGGGCUACGUAACCUCCAAGGGGAAGUAUGCGCUCCGAAAACUUCCACUCGCAGGCUACAUUGUGGUCAGCAGGCGUCUAAACGCAAAGCAGACACCGGCUGGUGCUAAAGAGCAUGUCUUACCCCUUCAUCCUGCGCCGCCUAGGCCGAUGUGCCGCAUCCGUCAUCCCUUGUUCGGGCAUGGUUAUCAGAGACGUAUUCAAUUGCCCGAGAAGAUUACCAGAAGUCUGAGAGAGGCAGGCGAGCAACUCUUACAAACGAAGGCCAGGCUGGCGCAAACUGACAACUACUACAUGAUGCGCAGAAAACUGCAUGCCACAAGUCAGACUCUGGAAGAGAAGGAGCGCGAUGUGCGGGACUCGGUACUUACUGGCCAAUUGCCGCAUUUUAUGAAAUUCAAAGACUUCUCAGCUCGAGUCGAGCCUAACGACGAAACCCAGAGUUCCCGAAACAGUGGGCUUAUACAUCUAAACGGGUAUGAAGCGGUGGAAAUCAAGGAGGAAGUCCAAGAGGAGGAGACCAUUGUUAUCCAAAAGAAGAAGAAGACCAAAUUAAAAGACCGAAAUCUUUAUACAGAUGUGGAAGAAGUAGUGCAAGUUAAGGAGGAAGUUGAUGAGGACAGUAUCGUCGUCACCAAUAAGAAAAAGAAGAAUAAAAAAGGUGAUCAAUCUUUUAAAUAUGGAGCCGCAAACGAUCUGGAAGGAGUGAAAAUCAAAGAAGAGGUCGAGGAAGCGGAGAUAAAUUAUCAACCUCUUGAAGAAGGGGUAGCCAGAGAUCUGGAAGGCGUGAAAGUCAAGGAGGAAGUCAUCAGCCCCAAGAAGGAAAAGAAGCACAAAUCGAAUGGCGAAAUCUCUGCAAAUGUCCAUGAGGAGUCCAAAUCCGCCAAGAAGCAAAGGAAGCGGGAGAUCAACGGUGAGGUCGGUGUUAUUAACGGCGACAUGGUAGUGAUAAAGGAGGAAGAGGACGCGGAGGCCCCGCCGCAAAAGCGUAAGAAGCUGAAAGCAGUCGAAUAGGCUGGCGAUGGACUACUCCACUUUAGUUUCUAGUUGUUAUUCAGGUUAAUUUACUUUAUAUAUUCAAAGGAGAUAUAUAAUUCAUUUUUCCCUGUUUAUGAAAAAAAUGAUUUGUUUGACCACAAUCUGUAAAUAUAAAUAAAGUAUAAGUACUCAAAAGGUAAA